AUGAGUCCCGUUCACACUCAAGACUUCUGGCUCUUUGGCUAUGGGAGCCUGAUAUGGAAACCUCCACCACAUUUUGAUCAGCGGAUUCCAGGGUAUAUCAAAGGUUACGUUCGACGCUUCUGGCAGCAACGCCAUACGGAAGGGGACGUGGUUUGGGGCGUCGCUUAUCAUAUCAUACCAUCAAGAGUCAAGGAAGUUCAAGAGUACCUCGAUAUUCGCGAAAUAAAUGGAUACAGCAUUCAAUACACUCCCUUUCACCCUGCGGACACUUCGCUUGCAGAUCUGCAUUGCCUGGUCUAUAUCGGUAUGCCUGACAACCCUCAGUUCUUGGGUGCUUUGCCGCCGGAUGAAGUUGCAGAAACGAUCAACGCCAGUAUCGGUCCAAGUGGGGAGAAUAGAGAGUACCUUCUCCAUCUUGAACAGGCCCUGAAAGAACUGAGCCCAGACAGCCAUGACGAACAUAUCGCAGACCUUGCGCGACGAGUGCGAGCUCUUACUCCGCCCCAUAGAUUUCCGCGUCGCCCGUGUGCACCUGAGAAUACCUUGCGAAAAGUCAACAGUACUGAGGAGCAGGAGGAGAUAGAGAAGGAAGUAUGA